AUGUUUAGUAUACAAGGAUUAGUGAAACGUUUAAGCUAUCGUACAGCUGAUGAAGAUAUUAGGAAGAAGGUCUAUUCAAUUGAGACAAAGUAUGAAAUUGAACAAGAAAUUAAAUUACUUAAAACAUCGACAUUAGAAGAAAUUAUUGAAAUACAUAAUCGAAUUAAGUUCGAAUUAAAACAAAUACAAGAUAUUGAUAAAAUAAGAUUCGAGAAUUCAAUUUUAUAA